GACAUAUGGGAAAACAUAUAUGAAUAUCAGCUCAUAUAAUUAAUAAUAAUAAUUAUUCUCAUUUUGUUGAGACAUAAAAAACAGCAGCCGUUUAUCAUCUCCUACAGAAACGCUUCCCCGCUUUCUCUGUCAAUAUGUAGAGUCGUUAUGUUUAGGUAAAAAAUAACACAAACUCUCUCUUUUUAGCGCAUGUACGAGUCAGCAAAACGCUCGCUUCAUGCUGGAGCUCCAAUGGAAGUGAGAGUCAUGUGUGAAAGAUGAUCCAGGGCUGGUGACUGAAGCAGGCAGGGAAGAAGAAGGACGAGAUGGCAUUAUUGUUCCUGCCAGCACUGGCUCGUAUGGCUGUAUGUGGCGGCACCCAUGGGAACGAGCUGUCCGGUGUGUAUGUUGUGCAGGAGAUGGAGCGACAGCGGAAAGAAAAGGGAGAGGGUGUGUGGCCGAUUCCUGUAACAACUGUGCUGGCAAACCCAAGGGCUGUGAAAGAGUGCAGAAGAUACAUUGACACGGAUAUGAACCGCUGCUUCAGCAGAGACACGCUGAGGAAAAACAUUGGAGGAUCCGAAGCUCGUAUCAGUUUGAGGGUGGUUAUGCUACAAAAAUGGAAAAACAAUGUGUCUGGGGUAUUUGUAACACUGAUUCCAGGUAUCAUGAGAGGAUGGGCAAUAGAAUUUAUAUUAUUACAUUUCCUAAACCCAAACAAAACAGAGCAAAAUGUAGCUCUAGAGGUCGGGCCGCAGCCGCAUGGUGUCGUCAGAGCUGACAUCUAUAUCAUUAUGAAAGAGGCCGUCGACUUGACAAUAGACUGGAUCCACAAAUUCAACUCAGGAACAGUGUUUGAAGGCGGGGAUGUAGAAGCCUUUAAGUUCAUCAAAAGUGUUGAUUAUCCCAGAGAUCCAGAGACUCGGACUCUCACUGCUGCCAUUCAUCCUCAGCUGCAGGACAGAGACUUCUGUCUCCUCAAGCGGGGAGACCCUUUGUUUUUUACAUUUUCUGGAGAAACCGUGAAGUAUGAAGAAGAAGAGACACUUCAUCCUUUCUUUAUCAAUGAGGCUGCUUACUAUGAAAAAGGAAUUGCUUUUCACUUGGCUAAAAAGUUGACACUGACAGUUCCAACAGUGCAAGUGCAGAAAGACUGAAGCAUUGGAGAGGAAAGGAUAUUAAACUCGGCAUGAUUGCCAAAAAAUCUAACAUCAGUCAUAUGAUUUUAUAAGACAGAAUGCCACUUAAAUGAUUUUAACAAUUUUUCAAUCACUUAUAACUCAGGUAGACAUCAUGUACAUAUUUGUAGCUAUAUGAAAAUGAAACGCUAAUUUAAUUGUCAAAAUCUAUACGUUGAGUCAAAUAUUACAGAUUUUUAAAAAUGUAAUACAAUAUUUGGUCCAAAGUGUCUUAUACAUGUAAGGCUGUAAUUUCUGCUCAGCCUAUGUCAUGUAAUUAAUUUUUCAUAUUGUUGGGCCUUUGCAGUUUAUGGUAAUAAUAAAUAUUAUUGCUUCUUUUUAAA